CGAGGGGGUUGGGCCGCUUGGAGCGAGCGGAGAGCUGCAUGAGUUUGUAAUGUCCGCCAUGUUGGCCAUGGCGUAUUGAACCGGGGAGGAACAGCGGAGCCUAGGAGAGAAAGAGACCGACAGAGAGCGACCGAGACCCGGGCCCGCCCGGCUCUGUUCGCGCUGCUACGGACCUCGAGCCUGCCCUCAAUCGACCGGCUGACUCCCGAGACCCGUCACAGAUUCAUCCAUGAGAACUCGAGGCAGACCUGCUGUUAUUCCUAGCAGACCGAAUAGAUUUAUGCUGCAUCUUUUAUUAUAAAAAAUGAGUAAAUUGUCGUUUCGGGCACGGGCGCUGGAUGCUAGUAAGCCCCUGCCCGUCUUCCGCUGCGAGGAUUUGCCGGACCUGCACGAGUAUGCCUCAAUCAACCGGGCAGUGCCGCAGAUGCCGACUGGGAUGGAAAAAGAGGAGGAAUCGGAGCACCAUCUCCAGCGGGCCAUCUCGGCGCAGCAGGUAUAUGGCGAGAAGCGGGACAACAUGGUUAUCCCCGUCCCCGAGGCAGAGUGCAACAUCACGCACUACGAGUCCCUCUACCCCGGGGAGUUCAAAAUGCCAAAGCAGCUUAUUCACAUACAGCCUUUCAGUUUGGAUACAGAACAGCCAGACUACGACCUAGAUUCGGAGGAUGAGACGUUUGUGAAUAAGCUGAAAAAGAAAAUGGAAAUCACCGCCCUGCAGUUUGAAGAAAUGAUAGACCGACUGGAGAAAGGCAGUGGACAGCAGCUCGUCAGUCUCCAGGAGGCCAAACUGCUGCUGAAGGAGGACGACGAGCUGAUCAAGGAGGUGUUUGACUACUGGAGCCGCAAGAGGAAAAUCUGUAAGGGUGGCUGCCUCAUCCCCAACGUCAAGCAGGAGAAGAGGGAUGGAUCUAGCACCAGCGACCCUUAUGUGGCCUUCCGCCGACGGACGGAGAAGAUGCAGACCAGGAAGAAUCGCAAGAAUGACGAGGCGUCAUACGAGAAGAUGCUGAAGCUGCGCAGGGACCUGAGCCGAGCUGUCACUAUCCUGGAGAUGAUCAAACGGAGGGAGAAGAGCAAGAGGGAACUGCUGCACCUCACACUGGAAAUUGUGGAGAAGAGGAACGCGAUGCCAGACUUCGGCAGUGAGGUGAUGGCAGAAGCACUGGCGCAGCGAGCUCUGGUGAAGCCCGUCUACACCAUCCCCAUCAUUCCCCUGUCCAGCAGUAACCAGUACAGACACCAGGACCAUUUGGACAUGAAGGACUACAAGAAGCCCGAGAAGACGGAGGCAGUACGAACCAAAAGGAAAUACGAGAAGAAACCCAAAAUCCCUCCGCUAUCAGCGCCUCAGCAUUCAGGGCCCUCUGUGUUCAAUCCCAAGGACCUCAACCAGUAUGAUUUCCCCAGCUCAGACGAAGAACCAUUCUCACAGAUCCAUUCAGGUUCCUCAGAGGCAGAAGAGGAGAAUGACCCAGAUGGCUGCUAUGCGUUCAGAAGGAAGGCCGGCUGUCAGUACUACGCUUCUCGUCCAGACGAGAGUGGCAGCUGGCCCUGGGUGAGCCCAUCAGAGGGCGGGCUCGGCGACCCACGCUUCCGCUACUGUCUGACCUCGCUGAACAUGCCGCGGCGCUGCAUAGGGUUGGCACGGCGUCGCGUGGGCAGAGGGGGCAGGAUCUUGUUGGACAGAGCGCACACAGAUGUCGACGGCAUCUGCCAGAGCCUGGACUCCGACCCAGAGCCCGAACCACUCGCCUCACCACUUCCAAGCUCUCCGCUCCGCAACUCCAACGCCAGUACCUCAGAAACCAAUACCUCGGACCCAACCAGCUCCUCCCACCUUCCCCCAUCUUCAUCGCCCCUGUCGUCGUCAACUCCUAUGGACCUCAGCCAGAUUCUUUUGAACAUUAAAUCUUGCCGCUGGAGGCACUUCAGACCACGGACGCUAUCCCAUCACCCUUUGGGUGGAGGAGACUUGUCUCGCAGAGGAUUUAGGGAUUUUAGCCGGACAGUGUCAGGACUAACCCGGACCCUGUCUGGAGGAGCCAGCUCCCAGAACCGCACCGGCCCAGCCGCCACUCCUGUCAAUGUGUUCACAGCCGAGCAGUACCAGCAGCACCAGGAGCAGCUGGCCCUCAUGCAGAAACAGCAGCUGGAGCAGAGCCAACAGCAGCAACAAGCCAACACCCCUGCAACAACUACCACCGCACAGGCACUCGUGUCCAAGACGUUGGACCAGGCCAGCGCUCAGUUUGCUGCUUCGGCCCUCGUCACCACGGACCAGCUGCUGGCUUUCAAGUCCAAAGAGGAGCUAGUGCUGGCCAGUGGAGUCAACGGGGUCCUGGCAGGCGCAGGUGUUUUCAAAGGCCUGCACCUCUCCAGCACCACGACAGCCCUCCACCAGACCAACCAGUCGACACACACUACCACCGCCACAGCCCCCACUUUCCUCCAGCCCUCCUCCAACUCGGCCACCCCGUCGCCCGCCAACGCCGUCCCCACCUCCCUCAACUCCACCCCCAGCGCUCACGCAGCAGCAGCGCUGGGGCUCUUGGGAUGCAGCGCUGCCAGUGCCACCCCCGCCACCACUCAGGUCCUCAUCGGGAACAACAUCUGUCUGAGCGUGCCGUCGGCCGCCAGCCUGGCUGGACGCCACAUCCCCCGGACCCUCGGCAACGUGCCACCCUCUGCCUUAAAGCUGUCCACCACCACCAACCUGCAGAUGCCCAAAGUCUCCGGAGCAUCCUCCAUGGACAUGGGCUCCAGGGAUAAUCAUGACGAAGACAAGCCAGCACUGAACAGUAUAGCAGACAACACAGUGGCCAUGGAGGUGACGUAGUAGCGGCGCGGCGGAGAGUCCACUCUUUAGGUGCUGUGCAUCGUAGCAUCGGGAAUGCAAAAGGGACAGCAGGACUCUGAGCAGACGAGGCAGAAGGACGAGCGGCCCGCGGCCCCUCGCUUGCAAUUCUCAUCUCUCAUACUUUUUAAAACCAUUUUUUUUUUCUUUUGUUUUUUGUUACUGUUAAAAGUUAAAAAAAAAAAUAAAAAAUGAAAUAAAAAAUAUUGACACCUGUAAAUUAUGAAUAUGGCAAAAAUUAGUAUCUGUACAGUAACUACAUAUUUGUAAUAUCCCCUCUCCCUCUUGUAUAUAUUACUUGAAUACAGAACUGUCCAUUUGUGAUGUUUUGCACUUGGGAGUCAAACUUAAAGGAAAAGAGAAAAAAAAAGAAAAAAAAAAAGCAAAAGCCAAGUAACUUGUGGCGAGUGUGAGAGAUGUGGGAGUUGUAUAGAGAAGAGUUUUAUCACAUCAUGUGCAUGGUGCGGAGCCUGCUGUUUUUAUCUAUUUAUUGUGCUGUGUUUACAGUUUUUUUGUUUUUCGGUUUGGUUUGUUUUGUUUAUUUUUUUUUUUAUUAUUAUUUUAUUUGUACACUGUACCUUCGUUGGUUCCUGUGCUGUAGUAAAUGUUAGGUAGCUACGGACUCCUGGGUAUUUUUGUAUAUUGUGAACACAAAGCAGGUUCCCUCCCCUCCCCUCCCCUCCCCUACCCUCCCCCUUACCCGGCCUCCUUCCCACACACAUGUUUAUUUUGGGUCCCUGUGCUCCUCUCUGUGGAUCAUGUGAAAAUCAGUGGUGACAUACAUACAGACCAGGAGAAGCAGGAGGUUGGAAGAGGAGGUGGUGUGUUGGCAGGUGACUGUGGAUCCCUGGAAGAGAGGCGCUCUGCUCGGCUCUGCUCGUCUCUUCCAGGGAGCUUCCAUUAACAUUGUCCCAAAACACAAGUAACAAAACAGGGAUGAAGUCUCUUCCCAGAAGCUUCUGCUGCUUCUGAUUUAAGCACUAUUUUUUUUUUUUUUGUGACGUUUUCAUUUUUUUGUUUUUUUAAAAGAAAAAAGAAAUAUCAAUGCUGCUUUUGUAUUUGUUUUUUUUUAAAGGGGGUUCGUCCUUCAUUUUCAUGCAAGCGGAGUCCCCCUUUGUAAUUGUUCUAUCCGACAAAACAUUUUUGUAAAACAAAAAUUCAGUUAUUUUUGUAUUUUUUAAAUUGUUUUUUUCUUUUCCUCGUUCUUGUGGUAAACUUGAUUGUAAGCUUUUCGUUUAUUGAAAGACUUCAUUCUUUUGUUCAUUUGUUACUUGUUCAUGCAUAGGUGAUAAGGGAGGUGAAUGGGCAGUAAUCGCUGUACGUGUUUCAUCAUUCCAGUUUUUAAUAACAAAAAAAAAAAAGAAAGAAAUGCUAACGAGGGGACAGACGGGGGGUUGUGGGAAAACGGCAGUUUUCUCCCCCUCUUCCUCUUUUUCUUUAUGUUCUUUUUUUCUUUGAAAAAAGAAUCUCCAGACGGCUGCAAGGCCAAAAACCACAAGUAUUUGGGUGCCUUCCUUUGGGGAAUUUUAUGUACUCUCUUCUGUGAAGAGUUAGGCACAAAGGCAGCAUUACUUAGUAGUGCUUCUCGUCUUUGUCAGAAUCUGAAUGCCCAGUCCAAUGGCAGGAUAUAUCCUUGAGGUUUACUUGUCCCACCUGGAGGCUGAAAAGACUAAAAAAAAAAAAAAUGUGACAGAACUCUCACUAAAAUAAGACAAUAAAGCCCAGGGCAUUAAAUGUGAA